UGUAUAAUUCCAACCAUGAGACUCAUCUUUCAAGCAUGUUCAAUGAUCUGCACACUGGUCAACUUGGUGGCUUCUCAGUCACAAUCCCCUGGUUGGAAAGAUGCCAUCAGCACCACAAUAAUCAACUUCAAUAAUGAGAAGAUGCAGAUCACAUGGGCAUCAAGAGAACUGUUUCCUGGAAUGAAUGUGUCAUUUUCUUAUACAUUUGAUGAAAACAAGCACAAAGUUUGGAAGCCAUGUCCCACAUAUUUAUUGGAUCAAGAUUAUAAUUCUGGAUGUCUUUUUAAGACAGAAGGACCCACCCUUGCCAUCUCUAUCAGGAAUAGCAAUGGAAGUGAAGAGCUUUUUUCUAAAAGACUAAAAUCUGAUUUUUAUAUAAAGCCCAAUCGACCAGAAAAUGUGACCUUCUUCUGGAAAGAGGACACUGUUACUGUAAGCUGUAAUAAACCAGAGAGAGCUGUGAAGUGCUUGAGACUUGAGCUUCAAUACAAAAGCAAAUUUGACAAACAGUGGCAAUCCAGAACUUCUAAGUGUUGCAGUGUUGGAGAGCAAGGCUUUGAUCCAAGGAAAUGCUACUCUUUCCGGGUCAGACUGAAGAGACUAGUACCCUACUGCAACGUAGUUAAUUACAGCAGUGACUGGGAAGCUGAAACAUUUUGGAUGAAUGGCACGUUAUUAGAUUCAUGUAAUGAUGAUAUAAAAUCUCCGUCAAACACAUUAAUUGUGUUAAGUUGUUUGCUGGCGGUACUUCUAAUGAUGCUUAUCCUCUUGAUUCUUCUGUGUAAAUGGCAGAGGCUUCAGAAGUCAGUCAUGCCUUCUAUACCAGAUCCAAAAUACAUAUUCGAUGAUCUCUUCAGUGACCAUAAUGGAAACUUCCAGGAAUGGAUAGAUAAAACUGAUCAUGCCGUGGUGCAAACCAAGCUGGAAUAUGAAGAGCCAGAGUGCAUCACUGAAGCAGAAAGCCCACAGGAUGACCAGAAGAACAGUGACAAACAGGGACCUCGAGAAAAAAUCUUCACUUUUUCAGGAGCAGCUGAAAAUAAUGACCACAAAGAAGCUCAUAUUGCCUGUCUGAUGCCAAUGUCCAACACUAUAGCUUCUUUUGCUGGCUUCCAGAUUUUAAUGAAUGAUGACAUGUAUGUGACAUUAUAA